AUGAGCUCGUCACUUCGAUUUCUGCUUCUUUUGUUGGGUACCCUCCUCGCCGCCGUUCUCUCAUCACCCGUGCACGGGAUUUGGAUGAAUCUUCCAGGAAAUGAGGAAAAGCGCAGCUACUUUGGUGCUUAUCAGCAUAUUCCUGGAUACACAGAGGAGGAAAGAGACAAGAAGAAUCUUCUUUGGUUCCUCGGUGAUAAUCAACAAAAC